AUGCCUAAUGGAUUCCAGAGCAAAGUGGUGGCACCUCGUAAUCCAAAGCUGGUCAAAAAGGCAGAGAAGCCUGUAACUCUGACUCCCUCUGCUUUCCUGAAGGAGAUGUCUCUUACCACGGAGCAGAGACUGGCCAGCACUCACGAGAUGAGGCGGCCCCGGAUUGUCCAGCUUCUAGACAUGAGCGAAACUUCUCAUCAAAAGUUCUCAGCACUUGACCUGGAACAGAGCUUGUUUCAGCCUUUCCCGUCAGAGGUGGUAUUUCAGAACUACGUUCCGUGUGAGAUCUACGAAGUGCCUCUGAUUCUGAGGAACAAUGACAAGAUUCCUCGGCUGGUGAAGGUGGUCUUGGAGAGUUCACCUUACUUCAAGUUGAUCAGCCCCAAUGACGUGUGUCAUAAGGUAGCACCUGGCAUGCCCUCAACUUUCCGCAUAGUUUUCACCCCUGAGGAGAACAAGGAUUACUUCCACCAGGUCACCUGCAUCACAGAGAGGGAAAAGUUUAUUGUGCCUAUCCGAGCUAUAGGUGCCCGAGCUAUCUUGGACUUCCCUGACCAGCUGAACUUCUCUGUCUGUCCAGUCAAGUACACUACCCAGAAAACUCUGCUGGUUCGCAACAUUGGUAACAGAGAGGCCCGUUACUGCAUCAGCACUCAGAGCCCUUUCUCUGUCGAUCCCUCCAUUGGGACUCUAGGGAUUGGUGAGAUCAUGCAAGUAACAGUGGACUUUCACCCACUGGAGGCCGGGGAUCAUUUCAGAGCCCUGAUAGUCCACUAUGACACAGGUGAAGAUAUUCACACAAGCCUUUAUGGAGCUGCUGUAGAUGUUAACAUCAGGCUGGAUAAGAACUCCUUGGUUAUUGAGAAGACCUACCUCAUGUUGGCAAACCACAGAGCUGUGGUCAUUCACAAUAGGAGUGAAAUCAUAGCCCACUUCCAGUGGAAGGCUUUUGCUACUCAGGAAGAGGAGGAUCAUCAGAAAAUGAGGCUGUGUUGCAAACUGCAGAGCCAGGAAGAGGAUGAGACUGAUCGCUUUCUCAAGGAGUGCAAUAUGGACCCCACUCUCCGAGAACGCCUUUCCGUUCUCUCCCGCACCUUCCAGAGCCACCAGGCAAAGGUGAAAGGAGACUCCAUGCUUUUCUCUGAUGACAUCUUCAGCAUUGAGCCAGUGGAGGGAGAUGUCUGGCCGAAUUCUACAGCUGAAAUUAAUGUGAUCUUUAAACCUCGAGAGGCCAGAGUCUAUCAACAAACUGUCUACUGUAACAUCUCAGGCCGCGAGACCAGGCUUCCCCUGCGCAUCAGAGGGGAAGGCAUAGGACCCAGGCUCCGCUUUAGCUUUAACCAGCUUGACAUCGGGAAGGUUUUUGUCGGAUCAGCACACAGCUAUGAGGCAAUCCUGUUUAACAAAGGAGCCAUCGAUGCUUUCUUUACCUUGGUCCCUCCAGCUACGGCUCUGGGCUCCUGCUUCACUUUUCACCCCCAGGAGGGCAUCGUUUUAGCAGAGGGGCUGCAGGUCAUACAGAUCUCCUUCAGGUCCACUGUCCUGGGGGAGUUCACAGAAGAAUUCAGGUUCAGCGUGAAUGGAUCCCCUGAAGCUGUGACCUUGACUAUCAGGGGCUGUGUCAUCGGACCGACUUUUCACUUCAAUGUACCUUCCCUUCAUUUUGGUGAUGUCUCUUUUGGCUUUCCAUGCACCUUAUCCUGUUGCCUCAAUAACACAUCCUUGGUACCCAUGACUUUCACCCUUCGCAUCCCUGGGGAUGGCCCUGGAGAACCCAGUGUUAGCAGUUUUGCUCAGAUCUCAGAUGACACCAGGCCAUCCUGGAGAAGAGGAGUUCGAGGUCAUGUCAAGCCAACAGAAUUUACCAUAACACCCUGCAGGGGAACCGUCCGCUCCCAGGGACUCCUGGACAUCCAGGUAACCUUGUGCUCCAAUACCGUGAAAAAAUACGAGCUGGCACUGGUGGUGGAUGUGGACGGUGUUGGCAAGGAGGUGUUGGCGCUACUCCUCACAGCGAGAUGUAUAGUUCCUCCGCUGCGGGUGCUCAACCCCGUUGUGAAGUUUGGACGGUGCUUUCUAAAAUUCCCUUGUCGGCAAACACUGACUCUUGUGAAUGACAGUGAUCUUCCAGGCUGCUAUGGAGUUCUUCCGCAGGAGCACAAGGAUGCUGCUGCUGUGUGGUACUUCAGUCCCCUGCCUUGUGGGAUUAUCCAGCCUCGCAGCUCAGUGGCGGUCCCAUUUAUGCUGGAAGCCCAAGUGACGGGAGAGCAGGACACAGUCGCUCACAUCGCGGUUUUUGGGAGUGAAGGAUCCCCUUUGAAGAUUCAUUUAGUGAGCACUGGAGAAGGCCCAGUUGUCUAUGUGCAUCCAAAUAAGAUCGAUUUUGGCAGUAUCCAAGUGCUACGAGAUGUUUCCCGGACACUCCACCUCUCCAAUCAAACUGUCAUCCCUGCAUCAUUCUGGGCACAGAUGGCUGACAAAUGCUCGCGCUGGAGGAUUGAACCCAGCGAAGGAGUGGUUCCCCCUGAGACUGAGGUGUCUGUGAUUGUCAUAGCCCACUUGGAUGAUACCGAGAAAUUCAAAGACAAGGUGAACUUGUUCAUAGAGCACAACAGCCCCUAUGAGAUCCCAGUCCAGGCUGUUGGCAUUGGCACCACGAUCGUCACUGACAAAGCCUUUGCUCCAGAGCUCAAUCUGGGGCCCCACUUCAGUCAGGAACCCUGCUAUUACCACUUCAAGAUAACGAACCAGGGACGUCGCACCCAUCAGCUCUACUGGACAACAGAAGGCUUUGCCCCAUUUCGCCAGCGGGAUCAUCUCCCUUCUCUCACUCACACUAAAAGCAAAAAUUUAUCCCGGAGCGUCAGACCUGCAUCUCCUGUUUUUAAGCUUCGGCCGCUAAGGAUGGAGCUGACCCCGGGCAAGACUAUGGACAUGAUGCUGGAAGGCUUCUCCAGGACUCCCAAGGUAGCGAAGGAGCGACUGCUGUGUCACGCCAUCGUAGGGAGCAAGGCAGGGAAGACACAAAUAAUGCAAGUGGAUGUCAUGUGCGAGUUCAUUGCUCCUGUUCUGCAAAUCUCUUCUAGGGAAAUCACUUUCCGGGUAGAGAAGGAAGCCAGUGAUGUCCUAACUCCUCAGUUUAAGUGUCUUGAUUUAAAAAACAUCUCUUCCUUGCCACUCAACAUUGUCCUGUCCAUAGAACAUCCCUUCUCCCUCUGUGAUAUGUGUUACUUGGGGCAGGGACAGGCAAAGCCUGAGAUGCUGGAAGUAGGGGAAGAACUUCAUCUUUCUGUCAGAUUUAACCCUGCUUAUCACGAGGGUUUGGAUAUCCGGGUAGCAAAGGCAGUCCUGAUGAUACGCUUCCUUGAGCACUCUCAUGAGGAGUGCAUUGCCCUUCGAGGAGAAGUGUACUUUCCAAAUCUCCAUUUCCAGACCAUGGCCCUCGACUUUGGCUGCAUCCUGAAUGACACUGAAGAUGUGCGUUACAUCGAGAUGACUAACUGCAGCCCACUUCCUGUCCGCUAUGACUGGUCAUUCCUGACAGAUAGCCAUGUGAGACAGAUGAGGUUCAGCUCUCCAAAACCUACAUUUCUCAUCAAACUACAACCACCAAAGGAAGCCCAGAUGGAGCGCUCAGCAGCUGCAGAGGACGACUGCUCUAUGAGAAGCUCCAGGAAUGUGGAUGUGGAGAAGCAAACUGAUGGCACAGGGGCAGCGGGGGAUCCUGUCCAAGAGCCUGCAGGCACAGAGGACUCCCCAGACAUGAAGCUGCUAAUAUCCACUACUAAGGAAGAAAAAAGUGCUGUGGAGACUCAGAGCCUAGUGGAGAUCGAGGGAUUGCUACCAGUCAUGGAGACAGAGCAAUUCACCUUAGGGGUAGAGGAGGUUUUUGACAUCCUGCCGCUCUAUGGUGUUCUGCAGCCAGGUGAGAGCCAGCGGGUCACGUUCACCUUCUAUGGCCACACGAACAUUGUCGCCCAUGUCACGGCACAGUGCAAGGUAGAGGGUGGCCCGACUUAUGAGAUCGCGCUGAGUGGGGAGGCUUCACUCAUCAACUACCUGUUUGACGUAAAGGAGAUUGACUGCGGGCUGCAGCUGUUUAACGAAGUCUCUGAAGUGAAGCUCACCCUGCAGAACAGCGGGAAGGUGGGAUUCAAGUACAUGGUGCUGAACCUCAGCAUGGCCUCUGCAGACAACCCUCUGCCUGGCGUGCCCCUGGUUGUGCCUGCUACAGGUUACGUUGGGUCUGGCAAGGAACAAAUACUGAAAGUCUAUUACCUGCCUGGAGUGCCUGGAGACUUCUACAGGACUUUCCGGAUCCAAGUGGGUCACCUUGAGCCAGAAGAAAUCUCCCUGAAAGGAGAGGGGGUCUUUCCCAGGAUCUGCAUGGAUCUGCCAAGAAACAUCAAAGGAAAUAAAAAAUAUGAGAAGCUCCUCAAGGAGGCAAAAGAAAAAUUGGAAAAAGACAAUCGGAGAGAGGAAGCAGUCCUUCUGGGGGAGGCCACGGCUGUGGAGCCGCACACAGAUGACUCAGACUCCAUGUUUAACACAUGGCUGCUGAUGGAAAUGGAGCGGGCGCUCAUAGAGGAACAUGCCCUGAAGGUGCAGAAAGCUUUUACCUCCUGUCCCACAGAGGAUCCUGCCUUUGGCCAACGUGCUCGUCAGAGGCUCGUCAAAGCUCAGCUGCCCGAGUAUAUCCUGGACUUGGGCUACAUCAUUCCCGGUAAUGUUCACACGCACAUCGUGAGGAUCACCAACACCGGCCACUUCCCCGUGUCCUUCCAUGCAGAUGGACGGGCCCUGCGUGACACAGGUUUCAGUGUCGGACUGCACCAUGUGAAGCAGCUGCCGUUCUGUGAGACUGAAAUGUUCGCAGUGCACUUUGAUUCACAAAGCGCCAACCUGCCCCUGGGAGAGGUGAAAGCGCUCCUGCCUAUCAAGGUAACAGGAGGACCUACGUUUCACAUAUGCCUUCGUGCCAUGGUGGCCGUGCCAUCCCUUUGCCUCUCCCGUGACAAACUGGAGUUCUCCGCUGUCCAGUGUGGGCAGUGUCAAGAAGAAACCAUCCAGCUCCACAAUCAGCUCCAGAUCGCCUGUAAAUGGUUCAUCAGCACGAAUGAGCACGUUAAGAAGGUGGACAAACAUUUGCCGGCGAACCUGCGUCGGAAGCUGCAUCAGGAAUUAAAGACCAAGACCCCCGUCUUCCAGGUGCUGCCCUCAUCUGGAAACCUCACUCCAGGACAGCGAUGCAACCUCCAAGUGAGGUUUUCACCCAGUGAAGAGAGGUCCUACAGCACCCAUCUGAAGAUUAACAUUUGCAAGAGCAACCAGCACCCCGAGCUGCAGCUCUCAGGGCGUGGGCUGGAGCCACGACUGGAGUUCAACCCCCCAGUGCUCGAGCUGGGCCCGCUGCUGCCAUACAGCAGCGGGGCGCAGGCCACCGUGGUGGUGAAGAACCCGUGCGAGUUUCCCAUUGAGUUCUACUCCUUGGAGUUCGACCAGCAGUACCUUGCUGAGGAGCUGAUCCUGCGGAUGCUGAAGGACUAUGAUUGCCACAAUACCUUACUGCUGCCGCCCCGUGCUCCAGGCGAGAAGCUGCCCCCAGAGGUGCUGGAGUACUAUGAGGACCAGAAGAGGCAGCAGGACGAGCAGGCAAAGUCCAAGCCUGUGGAACCAGUCGAAAACUCUGAAGACAUUCAGUCUUUCUCAGAUCAAGGAGGAAAGGACUCUGCUGGCGUUGUUCGUACUGUCUCAUCCCACACCUCAAUCAUUCCCUCCUCCUUUUUUGAUGAAAGCAAGUUGAACAAGGUGGACUUUAAAUUGGAACAUGAAGAAGAGGCGGAGGAAGAUGUUGAGAAAAGAAGCAGGCCAGCGGAGGAUCAGCAAAAACACUCCAGUAGCAAGGAGGCCGUGGGAGAAUUAGACAACAGCCCUGUCACAAGAGCCAUUGCUCGCCACCUUGGCAUCGAUAUCUCUCCAGAAGGCCGUGCGGCCCGAAACCGCAGAGGGAUCGUCGUCAUCAUCCACGGGGCGCCCCUGACAGGAAAGACGUCAGCAGCAGUUGCCCUGUCUAAAUACUAUGGUGCUGCCUGCUUGUCCAUCGACUCGGUGGUGAAAGAAGCCAUCUCUGAGAGGACCACUUUGGCAGGGCUCAACGCACGGGAGCUGUAUUUCAGGGCUGCAGUAGGUCAGGCCCACAAGGACACAGAGGAUGCUGGUAAGCCUUCAGCCCAGUGUUUCACUGAUCAUCCACUUUUUCCAUUUUCUCCCCAUAAGGAGAAGGAGCUUUUGACAGCUCCUGCCUGUCAACGUGCAGAUCUCUGCAGCUUGCCACUCGGCGCAGAGGCCAGGCGCAGCCCCAACAGCAGUUCGUGCAGCUCCAAUGGCAAAACCAGCCUGCAGCCCUUCGCUGCCCGAGGCCCGGGGAGCCUGGGAGGGGGCAAGGGGAAGACAGAGGGCCACAUACCCCAGCCCCAAAAGCAGCUCCAAACGGAUCAGGCCUCACCCAGCCCCAAUGCCAGCAUAGCAGGAGAGAUGGCUGCUAGGACCUGUGUGCUUCCUGAGGACCUGCUGGUGACCAUCCUCUCGGAGAGGAUGCAGCUGAGUGACUGCUACCAGGGAGUGGUGUUUGAUGGCCUGGAGACCCUCUUUGCACACAACAUGCCUUCUGCUCUCCUCUGCCUGCUCAAAGCUAUCAACAAUCGGCCUUACAUCUAUUUUGUGAACCUAUUCCAGGAUUAUGCUACCAUGAAAGCCAAGGAGAAGGCCAAAAAAGAGCAGGAAGAACGGGAGCAACAGGAAGCUGCCAUGAGGGAGAAGGCCCGUCUCCAGGACAUGGAUGAGGAAGCAUACGAUGCCCUUACCGAGGAGCAGAAAAGUCAGUUUGAUAAUGAGCUGCGACAUGUUCUGCGUGAGAGGAAAAAGAGGGAGAUGGAGAAGCUGGCUCGAGAGCUUGAGGAAAAGAAGCACCAGCAGGAACUAGAACGCCUGAAGGAGGAAGAAGAGCUGAAGAAGAAGGCUAAGCGGUGGAAGAAAGAUCUUGGAAAAGAAAAAGACAAUACCUCGGGGAGGAAAAGCCAGUUUGGAGUCAGGCAGGGUAUGAGCACCUCCACCAGCUCAGAUAUCAAGCUGAACGAAGGGGAUGACAGGAGGGGGUCUGCAAAGGAGCACCCAGACUCUGUUCCAGUCAACAAGGAAGAUAAGAAAAAGCGGAACAAGUUUGGUCUGCUAGAUGCCUCCCCAGUGGUGGUUGUGUCACCUGCAGACCCAGAACAGGACGAAACUGAAAAAGAGGCUCUCAGUGACAAAGAGAAGAGCUUGGCCCUGAGGUUUAAGCUCUAUGAGGCCUCACAGAAGGACAUCACUCAUAUUUUGUCAUUCUGGAACCGGGUUAAGGGUAUCCUGCUUUCCCCUCUGAACCAAGAGGAGGUCCAGCAUGAGGUAGAAGAGCAGCGCCAUCCUUCAUCCAGCCGCAGGAGCCGGAAGGACAGAGAGAAGGAGCGUCAGGAGCGGCUGGAGAAGGAACGGUUGGAGAAGGAGCGCCUGGAGAAAGAGCGCCUGGAAAAACUGAAGGCCCUUGAGGACUCCAAGUUAUCUGAGCAAGAAAAAGAAGGUGCAGAAGGGUCAGGCAAAGAUCAGGAUACUGGGGUGUCCUGCUUGGACAUCCAGGUGCUGAGCUCGGAAGAUGCCAGUGGGAAGAGGAUCUUGGAGAGUGGCAAGCUGCCAGACGCAGAGCAGAUCCUGGAUAGCCUGGGACUGGGUCGCUCAGGACCUCCCAUUCCUCCUACUGCUUUUUACUCUGUGAUCCACUACCCAGAGAAGCGGACAGUCCCUGCGGUGGGUGAAGCCCUCCAGCACUUCGUCUUUGUUGCACCAGAAGGUGCGACUGCAGAAGAAGAGAAGAAGGAUACAGAGAGUCUCGUGGAUACCCCUGUCACGCCUGCAGCAAAGAUACCAGAGGAGCAGAUCACCCCCCCAAGAGGCAGGGUGAGGAAGGAGAAAGCGGAGGGCAGCCGGGAAUCUUCGAGGGAUAAGCGCAGCACCGGCCGGGGCAGGAGAGGCCUGCAGGGACCGGCGUCGGCAGUGCCGGCACGUCACCCUGAUGCAGACCAAAGCAAUGUCAGCAGGGACUCAUCCCUGGGGAAAAUUGUCAGACUGACCGACUUCCGGUGGAUUGUGCCAGCCCAUGGGGAGGUUGUCCUGAAGAUACAUUUCAGCUCCAUCAUACCAGGACAGUUUGAUCAGACGUUUAACUUUGAGAUCCUGGGGACACACCGACUGUACCAGCUGUACUGCAGGGGCACGUGCAUGUAUCCCACCAUCAGCCAGGACCCACGGCUGGUGUUUCCUCACCGGAGGAAGAGCAAGGCACAUCAUGACAUCAUCUUCAAGCAGUAUGUCAUGGACACAGGCGUAUUCCACUUUGGGCCACUGCUCUGCGGGAAGUCAAGACACUGCUACAAGGCGCUUUGCUAUCCUGCUAACUGUGAGAAGAUAACCAUCCUCAACAUCACCCCCUUGGAAGCGGAAGUGCAUUUCUUCUUGGAGCACGAUGCCAAUGCAGACACGUUCCUCUUCGAGCCUCCCAGGAUGACGCUGAAACCUAAUGAGAAGCAGGAGCUGACCAUUUGGGCAUACCCCACUUCCGCUGGCAUCGUGGAAGACAACCUUGUCUGCUGCAUUAAGGACAACCCUAAGCCGGUGGUCUUCCGCCUCUGCUGCCACGGAGUGCGGCUGGAGCUGGGAGUCAACUGCAAACAGCUGCAUUUUGACAAGCUGCUUCUGCACAGGAAGGCCAGCAAGACUCUGGUCCUGCAAAAUAGCAACCCGCUGCCUGCGGUCUGGAGGCUUUGUGGGAUGGAGAGCCUUGGCGAGGAUUUCUCUGUGUCACAAGACCACGGCACCAUUGGCCCCUAUACGGAGUUUAGUCUGAAGCUACAUUUCAAGGCCACGAAGGCUCUCAAUGUUAAGAAAACCAUCCGACUAGAGGUUUCAGACGCAGAAAACAUCUUGGGGAUCGUUCAGAUUGAAAACAUCCAAAUCUUUGCGGAGGCCUAUGAUGUUGCUCUGAACAUCACUUUUCCAAAAGUUGCAGAUAGUAAUCUGGAUUUUGGGAUCCUUAAAGUCAUGGAUGAAGCAAAGAUAACGCUGAAUCUAAAAAACAAAGGGAAGUACGAGAUUGCAUACAGUUUCAGACUGGAAACUGCGGGUACAAACAUACCAGACUUGACCUCACACUUCAGUAUCCAGCCACAGAAGGGUGUGCUGACUGCCUCUGAGCGCCCCGCACAGGUCCAGAUGGUCUUCCACCCCAAGAGGGAGAUAAAAAUUGAGGACAAACCUAUCCUGCAAUGCCAGCUGAUUGAGCCCAAUGUCUGUGAAGGAGGAGAGAUCAUCGCUGUCAUCCCAGUGAGGGUGUCAGCAAAUGCUCUGUUCACCAAGUACAGCAUUUACCCUGCCUCAGUCAUCAACUUUGGUGCCAUGAUGAGCGGCACCAAGAAAAGCUGCACCUUCACACUGGAGAACAAAGGCAUCCUCGAUUUUAAAUUCCUCAUCUGCAGAACAAUCCGGGAUGUGCCUAUCUUGCCAAGGAAAGGCACAUCUCCAGUGAAAUACACCCGCUCCCACGAAAGCGAGACCUCAAGCAAAAUCCUUCCCUCUGUCAAGCAAAGCAAGCAAACUGACUCUCUGCAAAAGGACCUGAACCCUGUUACACAGGCUCGCAUCACUUUAGGCAUGUUCACGGUGUACCCUGGCUUUGGGUCCAUCUCUCCGGGUGGCCAUCAGGUGAUCACGGUGGAUUGCUACGCAGAUCCACUGGGGACGUGUGAAGAAUACCUGUCCAUCGAUAUCAGUGACAGAGAUCCCAAGGACAAUCCCCUUGGCAUCCCCUAUACCCUGGCUGCCGAAUCCUGCCUCCCAGCGUUCGUGGUUGACGACAUAGGGUCCAUCUUCGAGGAGCAUCGUAUCUGCAGCAACAUCAACCUUUGCCACAUUCUGCAGACUGUGCAAGACAAGGGUGUGUUUGUCACAGACGAGAACACGUUCAUCUUCACCAAUGUUCUGGUUGGGCACCAGGCCACAGCUCGCUUCAAGAUCUGCAAUGUGGACAAAAUCCCCUGCGACGUGGUCCUUUCCAUCAAACCGACCUCCAGUAAGCUUAGCACCCACGUGGGCGACGUUUUUAAGGUGGACCCUGUUCGGAUGUGCGUGCCCAGUCGCUCCCAUGCCUUUGCUACAGUGACCUUCACUCCACAGACAAUGCAGAACUACCAGUGCACUUUUGAGGCUUCCCUUGAUGUCUUGGCAAGCCCUGUAGUGUUUAAACCACAAAGCCUGACAUUCACUAUCAGUGGAGAUGGGAAUCUGCCCCGGGUGACCAUCCUGCGCCCAGUCCUUCACAACAAGAGAGGGAACCCUUUGCUCCUCUUUAAGAAGCUGCUGCUAGGUCAUUCGGAGAAACUUCCUCUGAUCCUUCAUAACAGUGGCAUCAUACCUGUCCAGUUGCUGAUAGACCUGUUGGAUGAAGAGGGAGUUUUCUUCCUGAAAGCCAGGCCCACCACACACUGCAUCUCCCAGGCUCCAGGCACAAAGGAGGGCUCUGCUGGAAAAGGGAGGAAGCCUCACACCAUUUCCCUGGUCCUGAACAAUGGGGAAUCAGCAGAGUUUGAUGUGCUUUUCAAACCCAACCUGACCCAACAUGCGGAAGGGAAGAUACGCCUGUCCGUAGUGGACAACCCUUAUGAGGAGACCAACAUUCUGCUGGUGGGUGAAGGCUACCAGGAUGACUUCACGCUGGAUAACAUCCAUGGACUAGUGGCAGACAGCGAUGAGGAGAACACAGAGGACAAUCUGGAGGAAGACAUAGUUGAGGCUGCCAGAGCGGAUCACAUCCAGUUUGGGGGCUGUCAUAUUGGGACACCCUACCAGGUGACCUUCACGAUCACCAAUCACAGCAGCAUGGAGGCGAUGCGGUUUGAGUGGAUGGCAGGCACCCCAUUUCACUUCUCCCCCCAGGUGGGACACCUCCAUGCUGGCUGUGCUAAGGACAUCACAGUGACCUUAAAAUCAGAUGUUGCAGUCACCUUCAAAAUGCACCCUGUGAAGUGUAAGGUGGCUAGGAUCGCCUUCCAGCUGCCAGCAGACCAGGUUCCUGACUGGGACGACCGCCUGCACACUGUCAAGUGGGUAGAUGCCACAAGGAGCCAGCCAACUGUGUGGCCUGUCAAGAAGAAGGUGAUUGAGACAGACCCGGAGCCAGCUCACACUGUCCUGGAGGAGAGCAGCCGCGAGGUGGAGCUUCGCCUCAGCGCUGUCGUUGAUUAUGCGGAGUUCAAGCUGGAUACGGACUUGAUUCAGUUCAAGGAGACCUUGCUCUUCCAAACAAGGACCUUCACUUUCCAGCUGUCCAAUACAGGGAAUGUGGCCCUAGAAUACACCUGGAUGGCAGAUGUGGAGGAUAAAAGAGCAGUCAGCUAUACUGGGGAACUGCUCCUGACCAGCCCUGAAGGGGAUUUCCACUCCUCCAGUUCUGGUGCCUCUGUGAAACUCCAGGCCAGCUGCUGUUCCAGCCAGAUGGGCUGCACUCUGGAGCACAUCUCCUCCUCUCUGGGCUCCUCUCUGAGCACUGUCAACGCCACUCCACAGUUUGCUGUCGAGCCCUGCAGUGGCACCAUCCCUGCUGGUCAGGAGCAGCUCUUCCAGAUGAAAUUCUCUCCAGUGGAUGUGGGGGAGUUUGAGAGCUGUAUGCUCUGCAGUAUUCCUAACCUGAAGCCAAAUCAGAAGGGCCCAGAAGUGGUUGUGAGGGGGAGAAGCCUGCUGCCACAUUGCCACUUCGAAUUGGAAGACUCUGACUACGUCACUGCAAACAGACGCAACCCAGACUUGCGGGGACCUCAGGGGACAACGUUAGAUCCCAACACAAGAGUGAUUGAGUUUUCAGCAGUUGGCGUGUAUAGCAGGAACAGCAGGACCUUCCUGCUUAUGAACCCAACCAGUUGCACGUAUUCCUUCCAGUGGACUUGCCAAGACCCCAAAGUGCCAAGAGAACAGCCAGCUUUCUCCUGCCUCACAGAGAGAGGUCAGAUCCAGCCAGAGAAGAAGGUAGAGAUCAAGUUUCAAUUCAUCCCUCAGCACCUGGACAUCACAGAAUCAUUCUGGGUCUUUACAAUCCCUGAGCAGAGUGUUUCAAUCCCGUUCCUGCUGGUGGGCAAUGCCACUGAUCCAUUAGUGUCUCUGGACAGAUCCCACCUGAACUUCCACUCGCUGUUAGUCGGGCACGAGAUGUACCAGACAAUCUACAUGAUCAACAGCGAGAAAGAGGCCUUCAGCUUUGCUUUCAGAGAAAGUUCUUUCUUCCCAGAGGGAUGCAACGCCUCCCUGAAAGUAGAGCCCCUGCAAGGCUCCAUCGCACCCCUUUCAAGGUGUGCCAUUACAAUCUUCUUCAUACCAAUACUAGAAGGAGAGGUGGUCUUCAACCUCAUGUGUGAUGUUAAGAGGAAGCCCCAACCCCUCUCCUUGAACAUCAAGGCCACCGCCUAUAGCAUGAACAUAACUGUCAGGUUUGAGGACAGUGAUGGCUGCAUUGCUGAGCUCAAUGCACAGGAGACCAACGUCAUUGACUUCAAGAAGGUGGAGCUAAAUGAAAACAUUCAAAACAUCUUCACCAUCAGCAAUACCGGGAAGUUGAGCUUCACCUUCUCAUGGGAACUUAGCGGCCCCCCAGCUCAGAAACAGUUCCUUACCAUUACCCCUCAGAUGGGCACCGUGGAGGCCGAGGGGAAAGCAGAGGCCCUGCUGACUUUCCACCCACGGAAGAUGUGCUCUGUAAAGGAUGUAGAGCUGACACUGCAGAUUAGCAAGGGCCCCACAUUCAUCUGCAUGUUGCUGGCUACUGUGGUGGUGCCCACUGUCCACUUUUCCUUCACCAAACUCAAUUUUGGGGCCUGCUUUGUCUACCACGCCGGGAUGCUGCCUGCCCAGCAGACCCUCAUCAUCACUAACAAGGCAGACAAGGAUGUCAGUUUGAAUUGCUUGUUCACCAGCACCGCACACCUGGAGGUGGACUUCCCAGGCUACGUGCUGUCCCCAGGAGGGACAGUGGAGGUGCCCAUCACUUUCUAUCCCAGAGAGGCUGUGUCUUACCAUGAGCUUGUCCCUUUUGAAAUCAAUGGUCUUUCCCAACAAACUGUUGAAGUCCGAGGAAGGGGCACAGAAAUGAAGGUUGAUGUUGUGGAACCGCGAAGAAAGGUGGUGAAGCUGGGAGCCCUCUCCAUCGGACAAACAGUGAAGAAGAUUGUCACCAUAGCAAACAACAGUGCUGCCCCUCUCACUUUUAAUCUCAAUUUCAUGUACACUAUGCCAGAGCUGCAAGAAGCUGGGGUUCUCUGCUUGAACCCCACCAAUGAAAUAAGUCUGAAGCCCAAAGGAGAUACCUGUAAAGUGGAGGUGAUCUUCUCCCCAAAGCGCCGCAUCCUGCCCUUCACUGAAGAGGUGAUGCUGGAGUGCCACGGCCUGGUGCGCUCCCUCUUCAUGGUACAGGGCUCCUGCCAGGGCAUCAGCGUGAGCUUGGACCGGGAACACAUCAACUUUGGAGCGGUGUUGCAGCAGAGCUGUGCUUGCCAACGCAUCAUCAUGCAGAACACAGGCGACAUAGGAGUCAGGUUUAAGUGGAUUGUCAAGAGCUUCAAGCCGGAUUUCUCCAUCAGCCCCACAAGGGGUUACAUCUCCCCAGGAAUGGAUGUCCCCUUCCUUGUGACCUUCCACCCCUCUAAGCCAAGCCAGGCUAUCCAGUAUGACGGCCUGCAGUGCUUCAUCCAAGGCAGUGAGCCGCUCCGGCUUACACUGGCAGGAUGCUGCAUGGAGGUCCCAGCGACCAAAGAGACACUGAAUUUCACAUGUGAUGUGCGCGAGAAGCAGAGCCAGACCAUCCUCCUGUCCAACCCGAGCAAUGAGGCCUGGACCAUGCAGCCUGUCAUCGAGGGGCAACACUGGGAAGGGCCUGAAUUUUUCCAUCUAGAUGCCAAUCAACAAAACAAGCCCUACGAGAUCACUUACAAACCCCUAACUAUGACCUCCGAGAACAAGAAACAUGAGGGCUCCAUCUUCUUCCCGUUCCCAGAUGGGACAGGCUUGCAGUACCUCCUGCAGGGGAUUGCUGAGGCCCCAAAGUGUUCAGGAUCUAUUUUCCGGGAGGUACCGUGCAGGACUCCCUACACUGAGCUCAUCCCCGUCUCCAACUGGCUGAACAGACCACAGAGGUUUCUCGUGGUAGUGGAUAUACUCAAACCAGAAAAGCUGGAAAGCAGUUCUGUGCUGCAGGGGCUGGAAUACAUUGAUGUGCCUGGCUCCACCCAGAAGGACUACAAGCUCACGUUCCUUUCCUACAAGGAAGGGGUCUUUAGCACAAUGGUGACCUUCCUCAAUGAGGUGACCGAGGAAUACUUGUUCUACAUGGCCACUUUCAAGGCUACUGCUUCAGGACCCAUCAGCACUAUUGAACUGGUCACCCCUAUUCGGGAGAGCGUGUCCUCAUCCAUCAGCGUGGACAACCCUCUGUCUGUCUCAGUGAUAUUUACCACAGAUUGCAAAGUGCCUGACAUUAACGUUCCCCCACUGUUCACUGUUCCUGCUUUGUCAGAGGCCAAUCUUGUCUUUGAGUACCAGCCCUUGAAAACGGGGGAGAGCACCGGGCGCCUGGUGCUCCAGAGCAGCGACUUGGGCACUUUCUACUAUGACCUGAACCUGAAAGCCACUGCGAGCAGGCCUGAGAAGCCACUCUACUUCUGCACCGCACUGGGCUCUAACCAGACCAUCACCACCAAAUUCAUUAACUAUGCCCGCCAGAAGACAGACUAUGUCCUCCAGAUCGACUGUGCAGAUUUCCAGACCGAGAAAACCAUCAGUGUGGCCCCCGCCAGCGUGGGAGGCUCCGAGGUGUGCUUGGAGGUGACCUAUGAGCCCUGCCAGCUGGGCGAAUCCCGAGCGACGCUGCUCCUCUCCUCCCCGCUCGGCGGGGAGUACAGCAUCCCACUCUUCGGCCUCUCCGUCCCACCCAAGCCGCAGGGCCCCUUCCAAAUUAAGGCUGGCUGCAGCACCUCCAUCCCCUUCAAAAAUGUCUUCUUGCAGCACAUGGCCUUCAGGUACGACGUGGAGAACCCAGCGUUCACCGUCAGGGCUACCACGAACUUACGCCCUAAGAAAACCGUCUACAUCACUGUCUCGUUUGAGGGCAACCCAGCUGACAGCGAGGCCCCCGUCACGAGCAAGCUGGUGGUCUCUUGCGCUCGGGCAGCCGGCCUGGGGGCAGAAGUCUCCUGGGUGUACUACCUGCGGGGCAUCACUCCCGAGAAGUGCCCUGCUGGCAGCACGGGGCCGGGAGAUCGCUAACAAGCCCCGGUCCCGGAGGCCAGGGCUGGUGGCGGGGCACCCGGUUUGCCGUU